AUGGCGGCGGGCGGCGGCCUGGUGGCGCGCGGCAGGCGGCGCGACGACUCGUCCGACCUGGUCUCGGGCUCGGGCUCGGGCUCGGACUCGGACUUGGGCUCGUACUCAAGCGAGUCGGGUGCUCGGUCGCCACCGCCGGCGCAGACGCUGGCGCCAGCAGCGGCGCAUCCGGCGCGAUCGCCACCGGUCUUCACCAACACGUCGCGGCUGAGUUCUGGGAUUGGAAGCGGCAAGGCGUCGCUGCAGACGUACCGGGCAGUGGUGGUGGCUGCGCCAAUGUUUGUCCUGUUUGCCGGCCUCCUCGUGUGGUACGCCGUGCUUGGCGGGCUUGGUGGCGUGCUUGUGUGGGCGCUUGGGGGAUGUUGCGACCGGUCCGGCAACGAGACCGGCUCGAUGCGGACGUCGAUGAUCUUCAGCUACACCAGCAUGGUCGGGCUCGGCUUUGGUGGCGGGUCGGAGCCAUCGUCGAUUGCGGUGGUGAGUGUGGCGAUUGCGCUGCGGGCGCUUUUUGUAGUCUCGUCGCUGCUCGCGGGCGCCGUGGCGGUGGCCAAGCUGACGCGGGCAACGUCGCGGGUGGUCUUUGGCAAGCACGUCUUUAUCCACGCUGUCCGCGGCAAGUACCGCCCGCACAACGUGGUGUCUGUCCGGGUGGGGCUCGCAGUGCCAGGCGCUGGCCCGCUGGUCGACGCGACUGCCGAGAUGGUGCUCGAGCUUCCCGGGACCGACGGCGUGCCGAGCGUUCACGUGCUCAAGCUCGCCAACGGGAAGAACGCCAACUUUACAGGACCGUGGACGCUUGUCCAUGCCAUCGACGGUAACUCGCCGCUCCGCUCGCUAUCGCGGGCUGACAUUGUGGCGCUGCUGCCGCGGCUUUCGGUUGUGGUCUCCGGCUUUGACCCGCUCGUGGCCGGCCGGGUGUCGGCCGCGAGCUCGUUCCCGUUGUGGGAUGUUGCCGAUCCGGCGUCGGCGAGCUCGGCGCCGGACGACGUGCUUCAGUGGGCGCGGCAUCCGGCGCCACUGGUGAUCUCGCCGGUCUUUGGCCCGCAGGCCGAGCCAGCGCAUGUCAAUCUCGCGCUCUUUGACGCGCACAUUUCGGCACCGACGGAAGAGCCGCCGCGCGAAGCGACUGAGCCUGCCAAGCUAGCGCCAGUUUCGAUACGCCGCCGGCGGUGAGCCCCCCCCCCUACUUUGUCUCGGCCUCAGCCGCGCGCUCGAGAAUGGCCGGUGCGUGGCCGACCGCCGUGGUGUACCAGGUGGCGAGAAGCUCGGCCUGGGCAUCGGUGAGCUCACUCGCGGCAGUGAGCUCGGCAGCGGACGAUCCGGCAAGGCCGGCGCGAGCGUCAAAGUGUGCGUCAGAGAGGAGGCCCCAGGCCUGAAGGUAGGCCAUGGUCAUGCCAACAGCGACCGAGAUGUUAAACGAUUGAGUCAUGCC